AUGAGAUUUCUUGCAUUGCAUGGCGUCGGCAGUUCUGCCAACAUUUUGGAAAGCCAGUUGGCUGGGUUGAUGAGUUCGGUUGACGCAAGCUAUGAGUUUGUCUUGGUGGAUGGCCACGCGCCAUCGCACCGAGGGCCUGGCAUGAGCCCUGCACUAAGCGGGCCGUUCUACUCGCAUACAACAGGAUAUACACCAGCCGAGAUCCAGGCCGCGCACAACGAGAUAGCCGCCACAGUUGCUGAACUUGGGCCUUUCGACGGCAUCCUGGGCUUCAGCCAAGGCGCAUCGCUGGCUUUGUCAUACAUCUAUCACCAACAGGUCAGCGGCGAAGAGCUGGACUUCAAGUUCGCGGUUCUUUUUUCAUCCGUUGUCCCGUUCUCCGCGGACUCGACGUACUGCGAAAACGAGAUCGAGGAACUCUGCUCAUAUCGGCGCACUGGCAUGAUCAUCAAGGAUCUUGCGCCAAGGCAGCAAGUCUUCAAUGAUUGUUUGGUUCGGACGUUUCAAUCCGCUCUAAAGAUUGGGGCGGUCCUACCCGACUUCAACCAAGACUUCUUCCGGGAUGAUGGCAAGGCGGUUCCCCGCGUCCUUCAUCCCCUGUUGCUUUCGGAGCGCAUCCGCAUCCCCACCGUUCAUGUUUCUGGUAGGCGAGAUUUUCCUUUCAUGCACGACAUGCAUGAAGUAGGUUAUCAGAUGUGUGACCCGAGGCUAUCCAAGAAGCUAUAUCAUUCCGGUGGUCACCAUCCACCCAAAAAAGACUCGGAGAUAAAGGCGGUUGUUAGGGCUAUAGAGUGGGCCGUUGAUCAAUAUUACAGACAACCUCCGUCUUUUCUCUGA